UGAUUUUGUAAACAGAACAAAAACCGUUUCAUCAGAAGGUUUCAUAAUUGAUAAUAGUCCACCAGAAACUACAUCUAAACCUAUACAAUUUACUAAUACAUAUAUACAGUCAAAUGAUGUAUUGUCUGCGUGUUGGGGCGGAUCAUUUAAAGACACCGAAAGCGGUAUAAGUCAGUAUCGGUGGGCAAUAGGUACUAGACCAGGUCAUGAAAACAUUAGGGGAUAUAUGAUAACAGAUAAUGAUUGUGAUGAAGCGAAUUUAGAACAAAAAUUACAAGAUGGACACGUUUAUUACGUCACAGUUCAGGCCAUUAAUGGUGCAGGGUUAUCUACUACAUUAAUAUCUCAUCCAGUGACAGUAGACACAACUCCUCCUACCACAGGACAUGUCAUCGAUAUUCUUAAUACAAACUAUACCGGAGAUGACGUAGAUUAUAUAACUAACGAAUCACCACUUUCUGUUAGAUGGCAAGGAUUCCAUGAUCCCCAUUCAUCAAUGCAAUACUAUACUGUUAAAGUUGGUACCUGUGAUGAUUGUGAUGACAUAAUUCCAGAAAUCAAAACAGGAAUAUCUACACAUUUUACCUUUCCACCGUCCAAAUUGACUCCUGGAACAAAAUAUAUCACCACGGUAACAGGGUGCAAUAUGGCGGACAUGUGUACGUCGGCCAUUUCUGAUGGUGUAAUAAUUGACGUGACACCACCGGACGUGGGAAGAGUUUUAGAUGGAACGAAAGAUUUAGAUGUAGAAUUCCAAGCAACCAGAAACUUUGUUGGUGCCAAAUGGCAUGGGUUUAAAGAUGCACAAUCUGGUAUAGCGAGAUAUGAAUGGAGAGUAGGAACAACCAUUGGAGGCGAAGAGUUACUUAGCCCUCAAAUUUUACCAGUGGUCGAACUGACCUAUAAAUCUAAUUUACCUGAUAAUAAACUAUUGCCUACUGAUACUAGAAUUUAUAUUACUGUUAGAUGUUACAAUAAAGCAGGUUUAUAUAGCGAAGUUACAUCAAAUGGUUUUAAAAUCGAUACAACAUUACCAGUAGUGGUACAAAGGGCAGUUCCUGUCUCAACGUUUAGUUCUAUUUUACCUUCAACUACCAUAUCAAAAUCUAGUAUUAAAAUUGAAUGGAAGUUUACUGAUGAUGAAUCAGAUAUAGAAAGACAAUACAUUUCUAUUUCACCUCAUUUAUUGGGAGAUUUCAAUUCUUCAGCUAUGGAGAUUCCUAGUGUGGUAACAGAGUUUACGUUUUCUGGUCUAGUUCUACACGACGGUAGUAAAUAUAAAGUUAAAGUGAUUGGUUGUAAUUUAGCUGGUUUGUGUCAGUCGAGUGUUACAGAUGAUAUAACAGUUGAUUCUACAUCACCUACCAGAGGUAUGUUUGCUAUUGAUACUGACCACGCCGCUAACUUAAACAGAGAUAGGAAUAACUGGAACCACUGGUCUACUACGUCUAUUAAGUUAGCAUGGUUGGGAUUUGCCGAUCUGCAUACUGGUAUAACCGAGUAUAAAGUCAGUGUAGGAACAAAACCUUUCUUUACUGAUCUCAACCAGGGCGAUCGACAAACCACGUUUCAACAUGUGGCUGGAGAUAAUUUUAAUGACGAAGGAAUGGUACAAUCAGUUACAAUAACUACCAAGACACUACAUAUGGGCAAUUCUGUUUUCAUAUCUGUAUGGGCUGUUAACGGGGUUGGAUUAAAAUGUCAGCCUGCUCAUUCUGAGUUUGAACUUGUAGAAGGAGGAAUGUUAGAUUUAGUCAGGCGAUGUCAACCGUAUAAUUGUCUUGGACAUUGUGUUUGUGCUGCACAAGACAAAACAUGUUCAGAUGCUGAAAACUGUAGUGACAUCUCAACAGGGAAUCCAAAUAACAUUAUCCAAGUUACUGACAUGAAUAAUUUGAUGUCAUCUGAUGCUGCACAGACUUACUACACAUCGUCUAAUAAUUUUCUAGCUGCCAGAUGGAGCAUAAUAAACCUACAAGGUAUCUCUCCUAUAAGAUAUGAAUGCAGUGCCGGACAUUCCGGUGAAAAUUCCCCCAGUGGAAUAUAUGAUACUGAUACAGAAAGAACAUGGUUUGAUGUUGGUGAAAAUACCGAAACUAUAAUUACUGUACCUACAGCUAAAGUUUUAGAUAAGUCUAUAACAUAUAGUGUAUUUGUGAGGGUAUGGUAUAAUACAAAUCAAUAUGCGGUAUUUAAGUCUCCUGGUAUUACACCACUGACGUCUGCUCCGAGUGUCAAUCACAUAGCGGGAGCUGCUAUAAAAGAAUUAGAAACUAUAUCAAGUGUUAACGAUAUAGAUUACCAAACAUCCAGCAAUCAGAUUAUUGUUGGUUGGAAGAAUAAAUUUAGAGGAGGAAUUCAUGGAUUCGAUUAUUUUAAGCCUUACAUAAGCACACAUCCGCAAGAUAUCUAUGAUAAAGAUUACCAAUACUCUACAACAGUUAUAUCCUCAUCAUGGUAUGGUUUUACUGAUAGUGGUACUGGUAUAGUGAAAUAUUACUGGUGUAUUGGUACUGAUAUUAGUACUACAGAUUGUAAUAUACACGACUGGAAGAAUGUAGGAUUAAAUACUAGAGUGUCUGUAAACCUAACCUCACCUUUAAAUCAUGGUAUGAAAAUUUAUAAUAAAGUGUAUGCUGUAGAUGGGAGUGGGUUAAAAUCUGAUGUAGCAGUGUCUGAUGGUACUACAAUUGAUACCACGCCCCCAGUACCGGUUGAUAUAGAUUAUAUUGGAGAAAAUCUCAUCGCCAAUCCAUCAUUUGAAGAAGGCGUGACAGAAUCAAAUAAGGAAUGUGAUGACCAACCACCAGCUCCUUGGUAUAUUGACUCCACCUCGUGUAUUAAAAUCAUCCAAUCACCACCUUCCGUUUCAAAAGAGGGUGGAGCCAAUAUUAAAGUGAAAAGUCAUAUUCAACAAACAGUUUUUGAUUUAAACACCCAAAGUGCUUACCAUGUUAUAAUACAUGUUGGAUAUCCACAUGAUGUUAGCAUUCAGCAUGACAACGUGGAAGGUUUCGUGCAAUUCGGACAAGAAAUUCACACUUUCAGCCUUGACCCAGAACGAUGUCAGGGGAUAUGUGACAUCGACCAACAGCCAUUAAUAUUAUGGAAUAAAUUUACUUAUGUAUUCCAUCCAAGAGAAGCAAGAGAAGUGAUAAGAAUUGGUACAAGUAAAUUACAUAUGAUGAUGUAUAUGUACAACAAGUUAAUUAUAUAG